AGCAAUUGUUUGUCUUGAAGAUUGCAGCAGUCGCUUCCAGACGUUGGGCUCGUUUUCAUUUAUUUAUCAUCUUGCGGUGAUUUUAAUCGGUCCCUGAAAAUGCGCUAAACUAUGUAUUGAUGCUAGCCAAUAGAAACAAGCCCAAUGCAAAUCAAUGCCAAAUCAAAUGCCAAAGCGAAUGUGACUUGAGUGGAUUUAAAAUAUUCCUGGGUUUAGCAAUGAUUUCAAAUUCAAAAGAGCAAAACCAAUUUAAAUUAGCGCGACGCAUGCGUGCAUGGUUAGAAUGCUCCGUUAUCGGAUAUUUAGUGGAAACAGCAACGAACUGCGUCACCAUUUUUACGGUAGGGUGUUGUGUUAGUGGUCGAAAAGGCGAAAUUCGGAUGUUGUGAGUGCGAGAAAUUUGAAUUCGAGUCCUUAAAAGUGGUGGUUCCACUCGGACGUUUUUCCUCAUGGAGAACUCAAACUCGGAUGGUGUCGUCCUGCCGGACAUCUCCGAAGCCGAACAGCUUGCGAGCGAGCACGACGGCAAUGGCGAACCCAUCGAGACGAAAACUGAACGAGUUUCAACAGUUUCCGUUCGACAUGCGGGAGUUCCAGUUUCAUUGCCUGUUGGCAGCCUUAUCACCAGCACCUUCAAUGUUAUCACGCAAGACCAAAUACAACAUUUCAAGCCCAUGAUCUGCGUGGACAAUAACGGAUACCUGGAUGAUUCUGGAACCGAACUGAAGACCAUCGUUAUUCAACAGGAAGAUGUUAGUGGAAGCACUUCGGUUAAUACUCCGGUGACGGUAACCCCGACGGUGGUUGGUUCAUGGAGUGAAGCUGCAAAUUUACCAAUUUUACCUGUUAGAUGUAAAAACACAUCGGCUGAACUUCACAAAGCUCGUUUUGGUUCUGGAGGCCGAGGCCGAUGCAUAAAGUUGGGAAGCUCUUGGUAUACACCCAGUGAAUUUGAAGCUUUAUGCGGAAGAGCUUCAAGCAAAGACUGGAAGAGAAGCAUACGGUUUGGAGGAAGAAGUUUGCAGACCCUUAUUGAUGAAGGUAUUAUUUUGCCGCAUGCUACAAGUUGCACCUGUUCAGCAUGUUGUGACGAUGAAACUGCCACUGGCCCAGUGAGACUGUUCACACCCUACAAAAGGAAAAGGCGGAAAGAAAGCGAUGGAGGCAGCAAUAAAAGGACCGCAAAUAACUCCAACGAAGAAGACAGCGACCAACAGAGCAAAGAGGAUGCCUGGCAAAAUCUUGCGGAAGGACUGGAUUCGAAUGACUAUCAGUUAAUGGAACCAGCCGUAACUACGGAUCCUACCGUGUAUGUGAAAAAGUUGGAAGAAAUCUCUCAUCAAAUCACGCGGCUUUCGGGUGAAUAUCGAAGGGUGUUGGAUGAUUUGAGGGAAAGCGUAACCAGACAGCAAGAAAAAUUCCAAAAGGAGAAAGAUUCCGCCGUUUUGGCAGCGCGGGUCGAAGCCCAGGUUGCUGCCUUGGGAACAGAUGGAAAUAAUACAGAUUCCACAUUGCAGCAAAUUGAUACUGACAAUCAAAAAAAGUGUGCCAACUGUAACAGAGAAGCUCUAGCCGAAUGUUCGCUCUGCAGACGUACUCCAUAUUGUUCAACGUUUUGCCAAAGAAAGGAUUGGGCUUCGCACCAGGUGGAAUGCGUAAGGGCAGUGUCGGGUGAUGGGGGAGGCCAACAGCAGAUUAUCAUGUUAAUAGCUGAGAGCACUGAACAACAAUAGACCACUCGCAGCUACUUUUCAAUCUUCCAUUGUAUAUUAUACAUUUUAUUUAAGUGUGAUUUAUUUUUAUUUUCUCACACUGAAGCAAUAAAUUUGAUUAAUACGCAUCUAAUUUUACGUCUAGGAGUUAGUUGGAAAUUCGUUUAUCGGAAUGUAUUCCAGAGAAGUAAAUAAUUCGUUUGCCACUGCAGUUGUGAAACCCAACUAUUUCUAUUUUUUACAGAAGUUUGAUAAAAUAUGAUUCCGAAAACAUGCAAGUAAUUUUUUGCCACUGCAGUUAUGGAAUUCACAUCUCCGUUUUUUUAUACAAGUACAUACUUAUUUCAGUAGCUGAUUGGCGCUGUGAUAAAUCGAAUUAUUGUCUAUUCAUAUUCUGUAAUUCCAUAAAAUGUAAAAAUGUAAAUCGACACACUGAAUAGUUUUGUAAAUAGGCUGCUUUUACAAUUCUUAUGUUCAAUUAAUGAAAACCUGUAAUAUGCCAAAUAAAUAUCGUUUGUAGAUCUGA